ACCACCCCUUGGCCCUCGUGACCAUCGCACAUGUCGCUCUCCAGUCUCCAUCGACGUCUAUACCUAAUGUACCCUCCACGUCACCCAACCUCUCUCUUUCCUUCACCUGCUUCAUGGACCAAUUCCAACUCCAAACCAUGUCAAACGACGCCGUUUCCCGCUCCUCUCCCCCCUCAUCUUCCUCCUCGCCCGCCUCCGACAUGCCGAACGACGCCGUUUCCACGCACGCCUCUUCGUCCUCGGCCUCCCCUUCCCGCUUCUCCGAUAUCUGGAACUAUCUCUGGGUCCCUCUGCUCAUUUCCUACUCCAAGGAGCUUAGUGUCGCCAAGGCCCAGUCCACGAUUCUUCUCCCGAGUCAACUCGACCCCGACUCGUCCAGGUGCGCCGCGCCCAACCCAAAGCUCAACUACCGCCCGGUGAUCGGGAUCCUCAGCCACCCCGGCGACGGCGCCUCCGGACGCCUCAGUAAUGCCACCAACGCUUCCUAUAUUGCGGCUUCGUAUGUGAAAUUCGUUGAAUCGGCCGGUGCUCGAGUCAUUCCUCUUAUCUAUAACGAGCCUCCCGAGAUUCUUUUCGAGAAGCUAAAUCUGGUCAAUGGAGUGCUCUUCACAGGAGGGUGGGCUAAAACUGGUUUGUACUAUAAAGUUGUUGAGGCAAUUUAUAAGAGAAUUUUAGCGAAGAAUGAUGCUGGUGACCAUUUUCCAUUGUAUGCCAUAUGCUUAGGUUUCGAGCUAUUGACAAUGAUCAUCAGUAAGGACCGUAAUAUUCUUGAAGCAUUUAAUGCAACAGAUCAGGCAUCUACCCUUCAAUUUAUGGAAAACACACAUAUUGAAGGAACUGUGUUUCAAAGAUUUCCUCCAGAUUUGCUUAACAAAUUGAGUACAGAUUGUCUUGUCAUGCAAAACCAUCGUUAUGGAAUUUCGCCUGAAAGGUUUCAAGAGAACCAGAAUCUAUCCAGCUUUUUUAAGAUUUUGACAGCUAGCACAGAUGAAGAUAAUAAGGUCUAUGUCUCCACAGUACAUGCACAUAGUUAUCCCGUGACUGCCUUCCAAUGGCAUCCAGAGAAAAACGCUUUUGAAUGGGGCUUAUCAAUGAUUCCACACUCGGAGGAUGCAGUUCAGGUGACGCAACAUGUUGCAAACUUUUUGGUCAGUGAGGCUAGGAAAUCAUUGAACAGGCCACCUGCUGGAAAAGUACUGGAUAAUCUCAUUUACAAUUACAGUCCCACAUAUUGUGGGAAGGCUGGGAAGGGAUACGAUGAAGUUUAUAUCUUUACAUGACCAUCCAACCAAAUUCUCUAAGGUCUUUUGAUAUGUGCAGUGUACAUGGUAAUUCUUCUGCACUUUAGAGUUGGAAAAUUGGCGAUUGUUGGAAAUGUAAACAUUAAUCAUCAUUUCAACUAGUUCGUUCCAUCUUCUAAAUUGUGUUUUUUCAUGUUGUAAGAUCAUAUGUAUCUACUACUAUACUAUCAUGUAAUAUUAUGCAAACUCUCACCCUUGAGAUUUCUGUGUUCAUUUAAACGACAAAAAAGAGGAUGUUUGAAGUGGGGAAAAAUAAGUAAAUGAAAAGUAAGGAAGUAAAAUUAA